AUGUCGAUGGGUGAUUCGUCGGCCAGUCCAUCGCCACUUCGUUCACCAGAAGACGAGGAGAUUUUUGCGAAAUCGUCUCGAAUUCGACAUUGGGUCAGCAAACGGAUGAAAGAGGUUAGUUCACAUUUUUGACCUUUUUUGGCGGGAAAAAGUCUCAAAUUUCUUCUGUCGAAAACUAGAACUUUAUGAAAAUUUUUGAGAAAAAAAGUUUUUUUUUAUGGAAAAAAAUUUGGAAUUUGGAAUUUUGAUCCGAUUAUUUAUGUUUGUAAAAUCAAAUUGGAAAAACUAGAUGAAUUUCCUCGCUGUCCAUUUUUCCAUCUUUUUUGCUUCAGGAAAAAAAGUAUCGGAUUUCUUUUUUCGAAGAUUUUUAAUGAAAAAGUAAUGGAUAUGGGAUUUUUACGCAUGUGCGCAAGCAAACAUUUUCUCACUUUUAUAUUUUUCCGAGCACUUUUGGAGCAUUUUUGAGAUUUUUCUCUGGCUCGGAAUCUGGAUUUUUGAAUUUUCCGCCAGGAUUUUGUUCAGAUAAAUUUACUGUUUCAAAAAAAUUUUGAAAAAAAUUCUUGCUCCUAUCAUUUUGUAUGAAAAAAUUAACUGUUUCAAAAUUUUUAGAAAUAAUUUAGGGGGAGUUUGAAAAGGGAUAAUCGUACCAUUUAUUGUAUUCUCCCCAAAAAUUGCUGUUUCAAAAAAUCUAUCAAUUUUAGAAGAUUUUCAUGGAAGUAAUACGGCUCAGUUUUGCCGGAAAAUAUUUUUUUCAAGCCAAAAAUUUUCUGAGAAAGUUUGAAAAUUAAUUGAACAAUGAAUGAAAUUUUUCACUGUUUCAAAAUUUUUAGAAAUAUUUUAGGGGGAGACUGUAAAAUUAUUAAGACCAGUGGUGUUCCUCCAAAAAUCUUAUAGAUUUUCAUAUUUUUUUCAACGAAAAAAUCUACUGUUUCAAAAAUUUCAUAUAUUUUUUUUGAUAAAUUGUGAAAAGUGAUGCAUCGAAAUAGUUGAUUGAAAUAAAAUUUUCCAAAAAAUUUUCAAAACCCAAAUUUUCUUAUUUCUUUCCCAAAAUAAAUCCCAAAAUGUUCCUCCUUCCCUAAAUAGAAUUUCUGAUUUUUUUACUGUUUCAAAAAAAAUUUUGAAAAAAUUUCUUGACCCGAUCAUUUUGUUUAAGUAGUCCUGCCUUUGAAAAAAUUCACUGUUUCAGAAUUUUUUGAAACAUUUUAGGGGAGACUGUAAAAUUAUUAUUGCCAGUGGUUCAUCAAAUUUCCUUAUUUUCUUUCGCGAAAUAAAUCCCAAAAUGUUCCUCCUCCCCUAAAAAAAACUUUGAAACUCCAAAAUCCUGCCACAAAAUUCCACUGGGAAUUUUUCUUACUCACAUCACUCAUUUCCUAGAGUAUUUCUCGAACAUUUUUCGAUUUUUCUCUAUUUUUUGGUUUUUUCUUGGAGUUUCCUUCUUUUUCUCGAAAAAAACAACAGAAAAAUAUUGAAUUUCCCCCUGUUUUUGUACGAUUUUUCUACAUAUUUUUGAAGAAAAAAAUCUUAUCAAAAAUAAAAAUAAACUUUUUUUGACCCAAUUAUAUCUAAUGUUACACAAAGUUUCUUGAAAAACAAAUAUUUUUAUUUCAUUUUUUUUUUGAAAAAAUGUUUUUUGGCGCCUCGAUUGACCUUCAUUUAUCUUCAUUCACACCUCAUAAGCGCCCAAAAAGUUCCUUUUUUCUCUCUGUGUGAGAAAUCUUUUUUUUUUCUAAUCGAGAAAUGAGAAAUCUCCGCCACCUGGUUAUCCAGAUGUUCUUUUUGGUUUUUUUUUGUUUCUCGGGAAAAUUUGAGGAAUUUUUGCCCCACUUUUUUACUGUACGAAAUUUUUUUAGACCGCCCUGGGAUUCGAACCCUGGUCUUUAACUUGGUAGUCUAGCUAGCUAACCACUUAACCUGACAAAUAAAAUUUAGUGCGCUCACCGGGGCUCGAACCCUGGUCUCUAACUCUCUAAUCUAUCCUUUUAACCCCUAAGCCAAUAUUUUUCCCGUUAGAAAAACCGGAUUUUCGUCUCUCUUGUUGUAGUUUUAUUUGAUUUUUCGCCAUUUUUUUCGAAAAAACGAGGAUAAUUACAACUAAUUGUGUAGUUCUUUUGGAGGAGAUGCAAAAUAGUAAAGUAAAAAUACAUAGACACAUCUCGUUUAAAAUUCUAAAUGCAUUUCAAUUUUCAUUUUCAUUUUUAUUUUUUUCAGUUUUCAUGGGGAAAUAUUACGAAUUUAGUUAGGAUAACUUGAAAAAAACUGAAAAAUUUGAUUUCAUCCCUGGAAAAUUGAAUUUUUCUAGGAAAAGUUGAAAAGUUAGAUCGAAUUUUGUUUUGCAAAAAAAAUUUUGACGAAAUUUUGACUAAUUCCUCUUUAAUUACCCUUUAAGCCAGCGUCUUUCUUUCGAAAAAAAUUUUUUUUCCGCGAAAAAAAAUUCGCGCACUUCUUAAAAAUGUAUAGAUGUGUAUUCAUUUCUAAUUUUUUUUGUGAGCUCCUCGAUUUUUCUCGCCAGAUGUUUGUUUCAAAGCAGAAAAAAAUGUUCCCAAGUGAUUUUUGUUGAGACAACAAAAAUCAACAUUUCUAUUUAAUUGCCCCGAUUUUUAUUGGGUGGAAGAAAGGUUUUUCUUUUUUUUUUAUUUCAUUUCUCACAAUUUUUUUGCGAAAAAAAAACUUCCGACAGGUGUUAGAAAUUUGCAAUGAAAAAAAAACCCAAUAAAUUUUUUGUUUUGUACCAGUUUGAACCAAGUUGCGCCACGUUUUUGGACACCUGGGGUAAAAUUUUUUGCACAGUUUUCUCGAUUUUUCUUCUAAAAUAUAGUUUUCGAAUAUUCCCCGGGGCAUUUUUAUCGAUUUUUCAAAAUUUUGAAAAUUUCUAACGUGAUUUUUUUGCCACGUGGCUUUAAAUUUGUCUAUUUUCCAAAAAAAAUUGAAACCUAAAAAAUUCGGGAUUUUUUCCACGAGCCUGAAAAAAUUUACUGUUUCAAAAUUUUUUCAUAAAUAUAUAGAAAUUUCAAUUCUCGAUAGUCGUAAUUAUUGUUCUUUAAAAGUCCAUUUUUUGCCACGUGGCAGUAUUUUUUUGUGAAUAUUUUAGUUGAAUUUAAACUGUCAACACAGGAAUUAUAUUACUUAUAAAAUUAUAUUUUCCAAAAAAUUUGAAACUUAAAAAAUUCGGGAUUUUUUGUGAACCCGAAAAAUUUACUGUUUCAAAAUUUUUUCAUAAAUAUAUGGAAAUUUCAAGUCUCGAUUGGUGUAAUCAUUUUUCUCUAAAAGUCCAUUUUAGUGAUGAUUUGAGUUGAAUUCAAACUGUCAACACUGGAAUAAUAUUACUUAUGAAAUUCUAUUUUCCAGAAAAUUUGAAACCUAAAAAGUCAGAGAUUUUUCCAUGAGCCUGAAAAAUUUACUGUUUCAAAAAUUCGAUUUUUUUCUAGUUUCAACAACAUUUCCUACCAAAAAAAUUCCAAAAAUGCAAUUUUCCAGUCAUUUCUAAUUAGCCUUCUCUUCUAGAUUAAAUCUAACAUUUUUGUCGGUUAAUAAAUUAAAAAAAUUUCUUUUCUUCCCUCUCCAUCUUCCCUUAUUGGCUAAUUACUCGAAUUUCGCUUUGCAGCAAAAUUCUUCCCCAAAAAAGGGAAAAAAAUGAACUUCAAUUUGUCUUUUCUGGAAUUCAUCCGAUGUCUGCGUCUCUCAAAAUUUAUAUACUAUUUUUCAUCCAAUUCCAAUUCCAAUUUUUUUCUUUUCGCCCAUUUUCAUUUUUUUUUGUGGUAGCUUUUCUUAUUCUUCUUCUUCUUUUUUUCGUAGAAUUUUUUGAGGUACAAUUUGAAUUUGAAAUUUUUUCUCUGGCUCAUUUUUCUCCGAAUUUUUGUUGGCUCAAAAAAUAAAAGUGGCCCAGAGGAGAGUUUUUCUGUUGUUUUUUGACAAAUGGUUUCCUUCUUCUCCCAGUCCGAAUUUUUUGCUCUGUGACACACAAAAAAUAAGAAGAAGAAGAAGAAAAGAGACAUUCAUAUUUUAUGUUAUUUUUUUCUCUCUGAGAAUAAGAAAAAGUGGCUUUUUCCUUCUUCAGUUGGACCUGCUUUGUUUUGAAGAAGAAAAAUUGGCGCCAGAAAUUUUUUUUAGAAAAAAUAGAAAAAAAUUAUCAAUUUUUUCUAAUCAGUAGUUUUAUGAGCUUCCGAAAAUUUUGAAUUUUUUUUGAAUUCGGAAAUUUUUCAGCGAGAUUUUGUAUGUGGAAGAGGAAUUUUGAAGCGAAAUUUUGAAUUUUGAAAAUUUUAAAAUUGAAUUUUUGUUUACCCUAAUUUCUAGGAAAUUUUGAUCUACAAAAAAAUUUGGCUCGAAUUUUCUAGGAUUUUUAGCGCGAAAAUUUGAUCUACAAAAUCCUGAGCUGUUGUGGCAAUUUUCUGAAUUUUUGACUUCAAAUUUUGAUCUACAGUAUCCCUAGUUUUCCCGCCAAAAUCUAGUCAUUUUUCUCUGCGCCUCUAACAAAUCCAUACUCUCUAAUAUUUCUAUAAAAAAUUUGAAAUUCUAUUUUUCCCGCCAAAACACUAUUUUUCUCUGCGUCUCUAACACUCCCAUACUCUCUAAUUUUCUUUCAAAAAAUUUGAAAUGCUAUUUUUUCCCGCCAAAACACCAUGCUUCUCUGCGUCUCUAACUUUCUCACACUCUCAAUAAUCUCUCAUUUUUUUGCAGCUCGAAGAUCAAAACGAACGCCUUCGCGCUCAAAAUCUCCGUUGCACAACGCAACUUCAAAUGUUGCGAAGUUUCACCGAAAAAUCGCGACAAAUCAAAGCCGAUAUGGAAAUGUCGCGAAGCAUCACCGGAACGCUGCCGAUUAUUCGAGAUGAGAAUCGCACUUCAGACGACAGUGGAUUGACUUCAGAUGAUCCCGAGAAUCGUGUGAAGAUUUGUCAGAUGAGUGUGAGCAUUUCGGAAUGUGUCACAACUCCGAGAUCUCAACGGAAAUCGAAGAAGACAUCUGGAAGUGGAGCUGGAGGAGUUCAGGGCUCAUCCUCUUCUGAAUCUUCACCAUGUGAGGAGAAACCCAUGCCGUUACCGCGGAGGAUCGUUGGACAGAGUCAAGGUUCAGAAAUCGAACGGGAUAGUCUAAAUGAUGAUUAUGAAUAUGAUAUCGGGGAAGAGGAGGAAUUUGAUGAGAUUAUGGAUGCGCGGGGCUCUGGAACUCUUCACAAAUCGAAAAAUGUGGAUUAUGUGAAUCUCAAUGAAUUUGUACAGAUCAAAGAUGAUAAAGUGCAAUAUUCGGAGAUUGUUAAGCAUCGGAAUUCGUCAGAUGUUCCGCCAGCGUUGCCGCUCCAUCAGAAUCCACCAAAACGACAAUGGGAGAGUAAAUUGAUUCUAGCCGCGGAGAAAUGUUUGAGUAUUUGUGAUGGAGCGGAUUCGGAGGGGACUUCUUCGGUUUCGCCGUAUCAUGUUUCAAGGAUCUCAAGCCAUAGAACUGAAUCACCGCAUUCGAGAAAAUCGUCGAGAAUUGGAUCGAGUCUUGAAGCGUAUGCGAUUCAUGAUUGUUGCUCAUCGCAGGAAAGAAGUUCGUUGGUUUCAUCGAAGGAGACACUGGAGAAAAGUGGAUAUUGGACAAUGUUGACGGAUUCGAGGAUUAAAUCGUUGAAGCGGAGAUUUGUGGUGUUGAGGAAUGGAAGUUUGAGUUUUUAUAGGGUGAGUUUUUUGGGGGAAAUUUGAAUUCAGGGAAAUUGUUUUCGUAGCGAAAAUUCUAGAUUUUCUGAAAAUUUCGAAAUUUUUGGAUCGAAAUUUGCUCUGAAUUUGAAAUUAAUAAUUUUUAGUUUUUUUCAAAAAUCCAGAUUUGGCCCGGAAAAUUUGAAUUUUGACCUGGAUUCAAAUUUGGGUAAAUUAUUUUCAUAGCGAAAACUCUAGCUUUUCUGAAAAAGUUUCGAAUUUUUUUAGCUUCAAAUUUCUUCAAAUCUUGAGCUUAAUUUGAAUUCAGGUUAAUCAUUUUUAGAUUUUCAAAAAUCCAAAUUCCGAAAAUUUGAAUUUCCGACAAAAAUUGGUGUUUUUGACUGCGAAAUUUCGAUUUUUUUUUGGAAAUUUUGACCUGAAUUCAAAUUUAGUAAAAUUAUUUUCAUAGCGAAAACUCUAGCUUCUUAGCAAAAAAAAAAUUGUAAAAUUAAAACUUUUUGAAAAAUUCCGAAAUUUUUGGAUCAAAAUUUGCUCUGAAUUUAAAAUUAAUCAUUUUCAGUUUUUCAAAAAUCCAGUUUCGGCGGCGAAUUUGAAAAAUUUGAAUUUUCUUCAAAAAUUGGGGUUUUUGACUGCGAAAAUUUGAUUCUCUCAGAUUCCAGAAAUUUCGAAUUUUUUUUUCAUAGCGGAAAUUCUAGAUUUUUUGAAAAAUGCCUAAAUUUUUGGAUCAAAAUUUGCUCUGAAUUUUUUUCAAAUCUUGACGCUAAUUUAAAUUCAGGUCAAUCAUUUUUAGUUUUUCGAAAAAUCCAGAUUUUUUGCUCCGAAUUCGGAAAAUUUGAAUUUCCGACAAAAAAUUGGAGGUUUUUGAGUUUGACGCGAAAUUUUGAUCUACAGUAGGUCAAAAUUUUUUUUUUAAAUCAGCUUUUUUAAAUACAGUAGCUGUUUGUUUUUAAUUAGGGCUGAUUCAUGGACAAAAAAAUGUUUUUAAAAAAUUUUAACAUCGAAAAAACAUUGUAGGUCAAAAUUAGUUUUUCGAGUUUUUCAGCCAAAAAUGAUGAAAAAUCGGGAAUUUUGAAGCUUCUGGUGUGAUUUCUGAUGAAAAUUGACUUUGGAAUUUAUUUUUCAGAAGGUUUUGCUGAUUUUUUCUAUUUUUUCAUCAAAAAUCACUCCAGAAGCUUCAAAAAUCUCGAUUUGUCAUCAUUUUUGACUGAAAAACUCGAAAAACUAGACAUUUUUUGAUCUACCCAACUCAUUUUUUGCAGAAAAAUCGCGACGAUGAACCUGUCCUCAAAAUAAAUGUCACCGAAAUUCGAUCAAUUGCAAAAUUAGAACAACAAGGCGCCACUUACGCAUUUCAAUUAAUAACUUCCACCGACAAAAUGAAUUUCAUGACUGAAAGUGAAAAAACGACACAUGAUUGGGUUCAAAUCAUAAGUUCGACUAUAAAAGCAACAACACUUCGAGAUUUGGCAAGUCGCCAAACACCAAUCGAUUCAUCGAUAAAUGGUUGGUUGACACGUGUCAGAUGUGGACAUUCGAAAAAAGUAUUCGCCGCGUUGGUCAAUCAGAAAUUGAUGUUUUUCAAAAAUCCCAAUGAUUUGGUGCCGAAUGGCGGGUUUUUGUGUUUGCAAGGUGCGCAGAUUAGCGAAAAACAGGAUGGAAUUGAGGAUAGUGGAAGUAGUGAUGAACAACAGAGUAUUGUGAGAGGAGGAGAACAUCCGAAUUCGAGGAAGAGUAAUGAUAGCUUGUGUAUACAGGUACGGGGAGAGUUUUGGGAAGGGGAUUUGGGUGAAAAUAUCAGGAAUUUGAAAAGUUUGUGGGGAAAAAUUGAUCUGAAAAUCUUAAAAAUUCGAAAUUUUCUGCUGAAAAUUGGUCAGAAAUUGUGAAACUGGUGAAAAAUUGACCAGAAAUAUCAAAAAUUUGGAUUUUUUUGACUGAAAAUUUGUCUGAAAAUCUCAAAAAUUUGGAUUCUUGGUUAAAAGUUGUUCAGAAAUUGUGAAAUCUUAUUUUUUUUCAAUCAAAAAUUGACCAGAAAUAUCAAGAAUUCGAAUUUUUCGAUUAAGAAUGUUUAGAAAUUCGGGAAAUUUGGAUUUUAAACUAAAAAUUGGUCGAAAAUUUGAGUUUUCAUGAAAAAAUAGGCCAGGAUAUCAAAAAUUUGGAUUUUUUUAGGCUAAAAACUGUUCAUAAAUUGUGAAACUCGGAUUUUUCAAUGAAAAAUUGUUCAAAAAUCUCAAAAAUUUGGAUUCUUGAUUAAAAAUUGGUCAAAAAUUGUGAAAUUUGAAUUUGUGAAUCAAAAAUGACCAGAAAUAUCAAGAAUUCGGAUUUUUCGAUUAAAAACAAUGAAAAAUUGGUAUAAAGAUUUAAGAUUGAUGAAAAAUUUUUCAGAAAUUGUGAAAUUUGGAUUUUGGGCAGAAAAAUUAGCGCAAGUUCUGGAAUUUUCAGCUUUAAAAAAUCCAGAAAAAUUUAAAAAGUUUGUAAGUUAGUUGUUAAACCUAACAUAAGGGCUCAAAAUUUCAGAAAUAAUCAAGAAAAAAAAUUUCAGUCAGAAAAAAUUUUUAGAAAAAAUUUACUGUUUCAAAAUUUCUAUAUAUAAUUUUUUCAUAUAAUUUUUCGAUGUAAAAUUGUUCAGAAAUCUCAAAAUUCGAAUUUUUCAGCUGAAAUUUUGAAAUCUAAGAUUUCUUGAUGUGAAAUUGAUUCGAAAAUGUGAAAUUGUUCAAAAAUUCUGGUUUUUAUCGAAAAAUUGACCAUAAAUUAUUGAUUUUCUGUGAAAAUUAGGAUUUCUGACCAAAUUUAGCUCAGAAAACUCCUGAAAAACUGUCCCGAGCGAAAUAAUAGGUGUGGCUUAUUUGUAGUCAGAAUGAACCCCAGAAAAUCUAGAAAUUUCGCUUCAAAAUUCACAAAAAUCCGAUUCUGAAAUUUUAAGAAAACUUUGCCACGUCAUAACCCAAAUUUUCUCAUUUUCCAGAUCGCCAACGAAGAUCCCGUGUAUCUUGUGCUCCGUGGCUCGGAAGAAAAAGAAAAAUGGUUGUACUACCUGAAAUCCGCAUCCGGAAACUCGUCACUUUCCGGAACUCCCUUUGAAAUUCUCGUCCAAAGAAUGAUGGCUGAAUCAGUUGGAAAUGAUUCGGAACUUUGGAAAGAUUUGCUGCUAACAUCUGGAGAAGAGAUUCCGAAAGACACAAUGACAACAGUGGAGAGUUCAGAGAAAAAGAAGACGCUGGAAAUCUCGAAAGCUUGUCAGCUUUUUGUAUCGGUUUUGAUGCGACCACAAGCUGUGCAAUAUCACAUUGAUCUUGCGCAGAAUAUUCUGCAGACUGCGGUUCAAAAUGAAUUUUUGAAAAAUGAGGUUUAUAGUCAGCUGAUUCGCCUGACUUCGGGAGCUAUGCCUUUCGGUUUACAAGGCUGGAAAUUGUUGGCGUUGACUGUGCCGCUGUUCUUGCCCAAACAGUAUUCGUUGUUGUGGUUGUUGAAGAGGCAUAUUUCGAGAUGGGCUGAUAUGCCGUGAGUUUUGCUGAUUUUUGGGGAGCAUUUUGAUAGCGAAUAUGCCAGGUGGCAAUUUUUUCUUAUAAAAAAUCGUUAAGUUUCAAAGCUAAAUAUUUUUUGUCAAAAAAUGUGCUGAAAAUCCACAUGGCAGGUUUUUUCCAGAAUCUGAAAAUUUGAAAAGAGCACAAGCAUUUUUGUGAGCAUUUUGAUACCGAAAUUGCCACGUGGCAAUUUUUUCUUUUGGAAAAAUUGAGAAUUUUUGAAUUUUCCGAUGAUUAUGAAUCCCAGUGAAUAUUUGUUGUCGAAAAAAAUGUGCUGAAAAUCCACGUGGCAGGGUUUUUUUCCAGAAUCUGAAAAUUUGAAAAGAGCACAAUUCUGUGAGAAUUUUGGUACUAAAUUUGCCACGUGGCAUUUUUUUCUUGGAAAAAUUGAGAAUUUUUAAAGAUGAAUAUUUUUUGUCGAAAAAAAAUGUGCUGAAAAUCCACGUGGCAGGUUUUUUUUCCAAUGGGUUUCAGCUCUAAAAAUUUAUACCUGAACUUUUUAGAAAAUUUGAAAAGAGCACAAUUUUAUGAGCAUAUUGGUACUAAAUUUGCCACGUGGCAAUUUUUUUUUGGAAAAAAUUGAGAAUUUUCAAAGGUGAAUACUUUUUUUUCGAAAAAAUGUGCUGAAAAUCCACGUGGCAGGUUUUUUCCACUGAGUUUGAGCUCUAAAAAUUUACUAGAAGGGCUUCGCUGGCUACCGCCAUCUACAGUAGUUUGACUUACUUUUUCUGAUUAAUCUAUUUUCCGGUUAGGGAAAGAGAAACAUUGAGAAAUGGCUAAAAAUUGUUGACUUUUUCAGAGAAUAGAACGAUCAGAUAAGAAACGUGCCCUUUAAUUUUUUUGGAAUAAAAACGUGAUCAUUCUUUUUUACAUGAAAAAAGUUUUGAUUUUUCACGUUAAAACUCGCGCAUUUUUUGAAAAAUUGAAUAUUAGCGCAUCGAUGGGAAAGAAUUUUAGAUCGAAUGGUGAAGGUCCCAUCAAAAAUGGUCUUCUGGAAAUUGAGAAAAGUCGAGCGACACAUGUUAAAAUCGAAAAAUACAUUGGAGUUUUCAAACUUUUCACUCUCCGCGCACCCACAGACAUUUAGAGGGAGAAUUUUUGAAACGCGCAUCAUUGUGCCACCAUUUAGAAACUUUUUCUUUUUUUGAUCAUCAGUUUUUAUGCGCACAGUUUUGAGAACGGACCGCGGACAGACUCUUGCCAAAAAAAUUUUCCCAAUUAGUAUAUAGUAGAUACCUGAAUUUUUUCUGGAAAAUUUGAAAAGAGCACAAUUUUGUGAGCAUUUUGAUACCGAAUUUGCCACGUGGCAUUUUUUUUCUUUAAAAAAAUUGAGAAUUUUUGAAUUUUCCGAAGAUUAUGAAUUCAAGUAAAUUUUUUUGUCAAAAAAUGUGCUGAAAAUCCACGUGGCAGGGUUUUCCCACUGAGUUUGAGCUCUAAAAAUUCCAGAAUCUGAAAAUUUGAAAAGAGCUCAAUUUUGUGAGAAUUUUGGUACUAAAUUUGCCACGUGGCAACGUUUUUUCCAGAAAAUUUGAGUUUUUUCUGGAUUUUCAGAAUUGGAGGUUUUGAAAAAAUCUGGAAAAUCCACGUGGCAAAAUGUUCGAAAACGUGGCACAUUUUUUUUUCAGAAAAAAAAAACAAUUUUGAUUUCUGAAAUUAUUUCAGCCUUGAAAAUGAUCUACCAAAAAAAUUCAUUUUUCAAUUUCCACGUGGCAAAAAUUGUUCUUUAAAAAUUCCGAGUCUAUUAAAUUGUCUAGCUCGAAAACCACUAGCAAAAAAAUUAAAAUAAAAAAAAAGAAAAAAAUGUUUUGCCCUCACGCAGGAUUGAACUACGGACCUUUGGUUUACAAGACCAACGCUCUGCCACUGAGCUAUAAGGGCGUCUCUCACUCUCUCGCAAAUUUUGUUCAGUAUUUCGCCGGCGGCUUUUUUUCUUCAAACAAAUUUUUUUUUUCUUUGCAGAAAUGAUAGCGAUGAAACUCGAAUGGCGAUUUAUUGUGAAGUUGCGCUGGAUAAAUGCCUCAGAGUUGGUGGAAGACAAGAAGGUCCGAGUCGACUUGAAGUAACUUCGGUUCUAACACGAGAUGUUACCAAAACCAAAUUCCCGCAUUCAAUAAGCGUCAGAUUGCCAAAUUCCGAAUAUCAAAUUGUGGAAUUUGAUGGGAGCACCGAAAUUGGACAAUGUUUGAGCUCGCUUUGUUUGAAACUUGGAAUGAGGCCAGCACUUUUGAGUGGUUAUGCACUGUAUAUCGAAGAUCCGCUAACUCAAUGUGUUCAAUUGUUGAAAGGCAAGCAGAAGCUGUGUGAUGCGCUGAUGAUUUGGGAGACGAAAUCGAGAGAUGUUCAGCGGGGAAAGAUUGCGGUGGAUUGUGCGGCCGCGUUGUCGUUGAGAAUGCGACAUUAUUGGACACAUUUGGUACGUUUUUUUUUGUUUUUCUGGGGGAGAUUUGGGAGAACUCAAAAAUUCACUGUUUCGAAGAAUUCAAAAUGUUUUGCAAAAAAAUUCUGAAGUUUGAUUCAUAAUUCUUUUUGUGUCCACAAAAACAAUUUCCAGUCAAUAUUUUGUGGGAAAAAAAGUUCACUGUUUCAAAAUGUUCAUAAUUUUUUCAAUAAAAACUUAAAAUUUGAUGAUUUCAUUGUUUUUCUUCAAAAAAUAAUUUCCAGUAAAUAUUUUUGGAACAAAAAAAUUCACUGUUUCAAAAUUUCUUCAAAAUCUUCAGCGUUUUUUGAGAAUUUGAUAAAUAUUCUAUUAUUUUGUUUUCCAAAUUUCUAUGAAAUUUCCCACUGUUUUUGAGAAUUUCAUUUGAUUUCCAGUCAAAUUUUUGGUCUGAAAAUCCGCGUGGAAAGAGCCUUUGAGAAUUUUUCCACUUAUGAUUUCUGGAAAAUUCACUGUUUCAAAGUUUUCAUAAGUUUUCAAAACAAAUUUUGUAAAUUCAAUUCUGUCUUGUUAAAAUUCUACGAAAAAACAAUUUCCAGUCAAUAUUUUUGCAAAAAAAAAUUCACUGUUUCAAAGAAUUCAUAAUGUUUUUCAAUAGAAACUCAAAAUCUGAUGAUUCUAUUUUUUUCUUCAAAAAACAAUUUCCAGUCAAUAUUUUUUGGGAAAAAAUUCACUGUUUCAAAAUUUCUUCAGAAUGUUCUGAAUUUUUGAGAAUUUGAUAAGUUCACAGAAUCGAUUCGUAGCCUUUUUUUGUCUGAAAUUUCACGAAAAUUUUCAAAAAGUCACCGUUUCAAAGUUUUCAUAAAUUUUCAAAACAAAUUUUGUAAAUUCAAUUCUCUCUUGUUAAAUUCUUCAAAAAACAAUUUCCAGUAAAUGUUUUUGGAAAAAAAUCACUGUUUCAAAAUUUCUUCAAAAUUUUUUGAAUUUUUGAGAAUUUGAUCAAUUCUAUGCAUGUGUUAAAAAUUUUUUUUCUAUGAAAUUUCCCACUGUUUUCGAAUAUUUGAUACGAUUUUCAGUCAAAUUUUUGGUCUGAAAAUCCACGUGGCAAGAGCCUUUGAGAAUUUUUCCACUUAUGAUUUCUGGAAAAUUCACUGUUUCAAAGCUUUCAUAAUUUUUUUCAAUAAAAACUUAAAAUUUGAUGAUUUCUUUAUAUUUCUUCGAAAAAUAAUUUCCAGCAAAUAUUUUUGGAAAAAAAAUUCACUGUUUCUAAAUUUUCAUAAUUUUUUCAAUAAAAACUUAAAAUUUGAUGAUUUCAAUGUUUUUCUGCAAAAAACAAUUUCCAGUAAAUAUUUUUGGAAAAAAAAAAAUUAACUGUUUCAAAUUUUCUUCAAAGAUUUCUGCAUUUUUUCCUUUUAAUUCGAAAAUUUGAUAAUUAAUGAAAAAAAGUUUCUCACAUUAAAAUUGUAUCAAAAAAAUUUUUCAGAUAGUUUUUGGUCUGAAAAUUUGCAUGGAAGAAUAAUUUUCGAAAAUCUCAAAAAAAAAAUCACUGUUUCAAAAUUUCUACAUUUUUUUGAAAAUUUGAUAAGCUUACUAAUAUCAUAAUAUUUAUGUAAACAUUGAAUUUCACGAAUUUGAGCUCAAAAACAUUGCUCAUAUUAAAAUUUUACGAAAAUUUAAUUUCCAUGAAACUGAGAAAAAUUCACUGUUUCAAAUUUUCUUCGAAAUGUUUUUUUGAAAUUUGAUGUGCUGACAAUGCUUAUAACAAAAAAAUGAAUUUUACGAGUUUGAGCUCAAAAACAUUGCUCAUAUCAAAAUUCUACAUAAAAAUAGAUCCCAGGCAAUUUUUUUUCUGAAUUUUUUUUUUUUUUCCAUCCAUAAAAUUUUCUGUUCAAAAUUGAUGUGUUUGAAAUCUUGAAAAAUUCUUCGAAAUUUCACUGUUUCAAAAAUUUCUUAAAUUUUUCUAAAAUAUUUUGAAACUUAAUUGAAUAUGCUUGCACGUUUCAAUAUUUCUAGAUUUUUUAAUAAUUUUAUAAGCUCAAGUUCACAUCUCAAAAAAAAUUUUAAUUUUCAACUCGAAAUAUUGCUCAUAUUAAAAUUUUACGAAAAAUUAAAUUCCAUGAAACUUUGAGAAAAAAUUACUGUUUCAAAUUUUCUUCAAAGUUUUCUGUUUUUUUUUUGAAUGUUUACAAUAUCACAAUAUUCAUGAAAAAAAUUGUAUGUUACGAAUUUGAGCUCAAAAACAUUGCUCAUAUCAAAAUUCUACAUAAAAAUAGAUCCCAGUCAAUUAUUUUUUGAAAUUCGACGCGGAAAAAUAAUUUUCAAAAAUCUUGAAAAAAAUUUCACUGUUUCAAAAUUUCUUCGAAUUUCCCAUCUUUUUCGAAAAUUUGAUAAGUUUAUGAAAAAAGUUUCUCAUAUUAAAAUUGUACCAAAAACUCACUGUUUCAAAUUUCAAAUAAAUCUUCAACAUUUCUCUCUUUUUGAUCGAUAAACUGAGUAUGGGAAUGUUCUAAAAAAUCCUGAAACAAUUUUCCCAUCCCAUAAAUAAAUUUCAAUUUUUUCCAGACACCAACCGAAACUCCAAUCGAACGCCAAUUUCUUGUCUGGAGAUCGGCUGAAGAAAUUGUGAUGGGUCGAAUUCCGUUAAGCAAUCAAUUAUGUGAUAGUUUGGCCUCUUUAUAUGCUCAACUUGCCUUCGGCGAUUCUCCUCCAAAUAACAUCACAGAUCAACAAUUCGAAUUCAUCAGUCAACGAUGUUAUCCGCGAAAAAUGCUCGAAGUUUCGUGCAUCAAAAGUCUACGCUCACAAAUCCACACAAAUUGGUCGGAAUUGUAUGGAAUGAGUGAAAAUGAGGCGAUUCGAUUGAUUAUUCAAGUGCUAUCAAAAUGGCCACUUUUUGGAUGUGAUUUGCAUGAAGCGGCGAUGCGAACGAAUAAUGAGAGGAAGAUUUAUUUGGCACUUUGUGAUACCGCUGUUCAUUUGAUUGAUCGCAGGCAUUUUGUGAGUUUUUUCGGGGAAAACAUUGUGGAAUUUGGGGAUUGAGCGUAAAAACUAGUGAUUUUUUCAAUUAAAAAUAAUGUCAUUGCUGAAAAACUCAUUUCCCAUAAAAUUUUGGGGAUUUUUUGAAACGUAUUUUUUUCUGGAAUUUUUGAAAACAUAUUUUUGUCUGAAUAAUUAAUCAUGACAUCAAAAAUCGUUUUUAUGAAGUAAUUUUUAAUGAUUUUUUGAAACAGCAAAUAUUUGAGGAAACUGAAAAUUUCGGUUUACCUAAAAUUUCAACAAAAAAAUUCAGCCAAGCCCAACAAAAAAACUAAAUAAUCCAUGAAUUUUUAAAAAAAUUUUAAACGUAUUUUUUGUGGGAGAAAAUUGAGAAUACCUUACUGUCGCAUCAAAAAUCGUUUUUAUGAAGUAAUUUUUAAUGAUUUUUUGAAACAGCAAAUUUUUGAGGACACUGAAAAUUUCAGUUUUCUUACAAUUUCGACGAAAAUUCAGUCCCAUCAAAAAAGCUAAAUAAUCCAUGAAUUUUUGAGGAUUUUUUGAAACAGCAAAUUUUUUUAGUGUGAAAAAUUCAGACAAAAAAUCGUUUUAAUGAACAAUUUUUUGGGAAAAUUCAAAUUUUUCAUAUUUUUUUGUGAAACAGUGAAAUUUUUUUUUCGAAAAAUAAUUUUUUUCCGAGUUUUGAAAAUCAGAAUUGUACCUUGUAAAUCCAAAAAUUUGAUAGAUUUUUUCUGAAACAGUUAAUUUUCUGGGAUUUUUUACCCGAAUGAAAGAAGGAUUGAAUAGGUUUUCAAAAUUCAAAAAUUAUCUUUGUGUGAAACAGUGAAUUUUUUUUUGGGAAAUAUUUUUUUUUACUAUAAGCUAGAAAUUUUCAAAUUUUGGGAUUUUUAGAAAACUCUGGAAAUUUUCUGGAACUUCAAAUUUUCAACGAACAAAAUAAUUGUUUAUUUGAAUUUUUGUGGAUUUUUUGAAUUUUUCUAGAACGCGAAAUUUCUCAAAUCUUGCCAAAAAUGUCCCAGAAAAUCCCAAAAACCCUCUGAAUUUCUCCCAUUUUCCAGGACGUCAUUCGCACAAUUCCCUACAACACCCUCUCCACAUUCGGCCAAUUUCAACAAGAUUUCAUGCUCACAAUUUUCCGGCCGGCUCAAAUCGAAGAAGAAUCGCCGAAAGAACGCCUGACCUUCACAAUGAGCAAAAAUUCGAUAGAACAAGUCACUUUGCAUUUGGCUGAAUAUAUUAGAUGCCAAAAAUUGGUAUGGAAAGUCUCCAAAUAG